AUGGCUGCUCUUCCCAGUGAUUUCGUCUGGGGCUUUGCCACCGCCUCCUACCAGAUCGAGGGCGCCGUGGACAAGGACGGACGUGGCCCCAGCGUCUGGGACACCUUCACCAAGAAGCCUGGCAAGGUCGCCGACGGCUCUUCGGGCGAGACCGCUUGCGACUCGUACAACCGCACCGCCGAGGACAUUGCCCUCUUGAAGGACCUCGGAUCGCAGGCGUACCGCUUCUCCCUCUCGUGGACGCGCAUCAUCCCCAAGGGUGGGCGCAACGACCCCAUCAACCAGGCUGGCAUCGACCACUACUCGAAAUUCUGCGACGACCUUAUCGCCGCCGGCAUCACACCCUUCAUCACGCUUUCUCACUGGGACGUCCCCGACGAGCUGGACAAGCGUUACGGCGGUCUGCUGAACCGCGAGGAGUUCCCCCUGGACUUUGAGAACUAUGCGCGCGUGUGCUUCAAGAGCUUCCCCCAGUGCAAGAACUGGAUCACCUUCAACGAGCCUUGGUGCUCCUCCAUCCUCGGCUACAGCGUCGGACAGUUCGCCCCCGGCCGCACAUCCAACCGCGACCGCAACCCCGAGGGCGACUCCUCCACCGAGCCCUGGAUCGUAGGCCACAACCUGCUCGUUGCCCACGGUCGUGCCGUCAAGGCGUACCGCGACGACUUCAAGGCCACCAACGGCGGCGAGAUUGCCAUUGUCCUCAACGGCGACGCCACCUACCCCUGGGACCCCACCGACCCCCGCGACGUCGAGGCGGCCGACCGCAAGAUCGAGUUUGCUAUCUGCUGGUUCGGCGACCCCAUCUACCAUGGCGACUACCCGGCCUCCAUGCGCAAGCAGCUGGGCGACCGCCUCCCCACAUUCACCGACGAGGAGCGCGCGCUCGUCCACGGCUCCAACGACUUUUACGGCAUGAACCACUACACCGCCGACUACGUCAAGCACAAGGACGGCGAGCCCGCCCCCGAGGACUUUCUCGGCAACCUCGAGACCACCCCCUACAACAAGAACGGCGACGUCAUCGGCGUCGAGACCCAGUCGCCCUGGCUCCGCCCCUGCGCCCCGGGCUUCCGCGACCUCCUCGUCUGGCUCAGCAAGCGCUACAACUACCCCAAGAUCUACGUCACCGAGUCCGGCACCUCCAUCAAGGGCGAGAACAACCUGCCCCUCGAGGAGCUGCUCCAGGACGAGGUCCGCUUCCAGUACUACGACGAGUACGUCAAGGCCAUGGCCGUCGCCAGCCAGCUCAACGGCGUCAACGUGCGCGGCUACUUUGCCUGGUCGUUGCUCGACAACUUUGAGUGGGCCGAGGGCUACGAGACGCGCUUCGGCGUGUGCUACGUCGACUACAACAAUGGGCAGAAGAGGUACCCCAAGAAGAGCGCCAAGCACCUCAAGCCCCUGUUUGACAGCUUGAUCAAGAAGUAG